AUGGCGCUGCUAAUGCGUCGUCUACUUGUAGACGCUCAGGCAAAGCUUCGCAGAAUGGUAGAGGAACACUCUACAAACCUCACCUCUCGGAUAGAUUCCGACUACCCCGGCUCCAUCCCCACCCCAGCCCCCUGUCCCGCCCCAGCUUCGUCCCUCCAGAUCCAGGACCCGAAACCCGCCGCAGAUGUUCCGCAGCUGAACCAGCUGGACGUCAGCUUCGUACGGCCGCUGCUCGGCGCUAACGCAGAAGACAAGGAGAAGAAGGAGUCGAACUUGGAAAGCAAGCGGAGCAAGUCUCUGAGCAACGCGAACUCCUUGGAUUGCAACGAGGAGGCUGUCAAGAAGGACUUGAAGAAAACGAGGUCGAACCCCGUGAGGAACGAGAGCUUCUUGAGCGAUAAAGACGGCGGCAUGACUGUGGAAGAGAGCGCCAGCCCCAAACAGGACAGCAGGUCCUCGCCAGAUAACCAGAGAUCUGAAUCUCCCAAGCCUGGAUGCAGCAGUCAGCCAGACCUAGAUUCGUCUUCGCCCAGGUCCGGACGCAGUUCCGACGCCAACCGCGACGAUCUGUCGGCGCUGCUGCCCUCCCCCUCCAACUACCCCAAGUCGGCGACCACCAUACACCGGCUCAAGGUCGAGAACGAGCGCCUGCACGCGGAGCUGACCAGACUCAGGAGGCUGGUGGUCACCGGAGCCACGUCGGUUUUGAACGACAAAAAAUCGCCCACGGAAAAUGCCGAUCCCGAAUCGGCCGCCCAACAGUUGGAAAUGGAGCUGCAGCUGGCCAAAGAGGCACUGACAACUCUUAAAUCAGACAAGAGACGUCUGAAGGCGGAGAAAUUCGACCUACUUAAUCAAAUGAAGGAACUGUACACCACCUUGGAAGACAAGGAAAAAGAAUUACGAGACUUUAUUCGAAGUUACGGUCAGGUCAGAGAUAGUGAUACGUCUCUGCAGCAAUUAUCGACGGAAAGAGAGGAGCGCGAGAGGGAACGCUGGAGCCUUUUGAGGCACGCCAGAGACGAAGCUGAAAGAAGCUUGUCUCUGGCAGCGCAGCUGAAUGCAAAGGAAGUUCAGCUGCAACAGGCACAAGAGCAAUUGCAAGAAGCUCGUCGACAGCUCGCCUCCAGCGGUUGUCUAUCGGACCAGGAAUCUCUCGCUUCUCUCCCCAGACACUCCAUUAACGGGGGGGCGCUUACCCCGGGUUCUGGGGGCCUGCUUUCGGGGCAUCACGGUCUGGGUCUGCUACCGGGCGAUAGAGGGAGCUGUAGUGCGGAUUCCGGGGUUCGCGUGAGUUCCGACAGAGAGAGCGGCGCCACCUCAGUGGGCGGAAACUUGUCGGAUUCGACUACAGAUGGCACUCCGACUAUCACGGUGGAGAACAGCAACAACCGCGAUUUGGACUCGAUUUCUUUGAUUUCCAACGUACCGCCGCCGCAUUUGUACCAACUCUCUGGAAAAGACAGUAGUCCAACUCUGUCGCCUUUAAAUGCUAAUCAUUUCUCUCGUUCGGUAGAUGCGGGAAUUUUAUCGAGAUCUGUAGAGCAGCUUAGUUCGCCAUUGGAACCGGAACCACACUUAGGUAGAAGAUCGAAACCCACAAGGCCUUCGAGCGGUAGAGGGGGCACCUGGGGGAGCAUUUCGAGAGUAUUCGCAAGAUCGAGGCACAGAAAUAAGACGAAUUCCUUGCAAGAGACAAGCGAGCAUCCCUACGAACCCUACCGAAGCUGGUCGCCAUUGACCGAGGAAGGUUACGCAGAGAAGCUUCGCUUGCUCCGCGAAGCUAGUUCCAUACCGAUGGAAAGAUGGCGCGCACCGACUGUCUUGGCUUGGCUCGAGGUCGCCCUGGGUAUGCCCCAGUAUGGGGCCAGAUGUGCGGAAAACAUUAAAAGCGGAAAGAUUGGUCCUUUGCAUGGUCAGGUCCUGUUAGAGCUGAGCGAUCUGGAGCUGGAAUGCGGUCUAGGUAUUACGCAUCCGAUGCACAGGAAAAAAUUGCGAUUGGCCAUUGAAGAGCACAGGCAUCCGGCGUUGGUACGUUACCCGUGCAUCGCGCAACUGGGGCACACUUGGGUGUCCAGCGAAUGGCUGCCAGACCUUGGGUUACCACAGUAUUCCGAAAACUUUGCCAACAACAUGGUGGACGCCAGAAUGUUGGAGCAUUUGAGCAAAAAAGAACUCGAAAAGUAUUUAGGAGUGACCAGGAAAUUCCAUCAGGCUUCUGUUGUUCAUGGUAUCCACCUUCUGCGCAUCAUGAAGUAUGACCGACAGGCUUUAUCUGUAAGAAGACACCAAUGUGAAAACAUGGAUGCAGAUCCUUUAGUUUGGACCAAUAUAAGAUUUAUAAGAUGGGCCAGGAGCAUUGACUUGGGCGAAUACGCUGACAACUUAAAAGACAGCGGAGUGCACGGGGGUCUUGUGGUUCUGGAGCCGUCUUUCAACGGCGAUACCAUGGCGACCGCGCUGGGAAUCCCCGCCAGCAAAAACAUCAUCCGAAGGCACCUUAACGCCGAACUGGAGGCGCUAGUUUUGCCGGCAAGAUCCACACUAGAGCACUAUGUCAGGGUGAGGGCCAAAAACCGGGUGCCGGGGGUCACGUUGGGCCGUUCUUUCUCAAGGUCAUGCGGAGGGCUAACCGCGCCGCUGCAGCUUAACAAAGAUCCUGCCGGAAUGGACAGCCGAAAAGGAACCAUCAAGGGCUCUCUGAGCCGCGCGCUGGGCCUGUCGAAGAGCAAAUCCGAGAAGGACCGCGAGAAGCAGUCGCCCACCUCUAGCUCCGAGGGCUCGUCCGUCGUGAGCCGCAUCAGCCCGCCGCUGCUCUUCUACCGGAACUCGCGCAACUCCGGCGAGGAGUCGCCGAUCUACGCGCAGCCGUUCGCGCACGCGCACAACCUCUACCAGCGCCGGUCAGAGGACUACGACGCCUACGUGUGCAGCUCGAUACGCUCGAUCGGCGAGUACGAGGUCUCGAAGAGCUCCAACAGCAUCAAGGCCGACCAGAAGGACAACAUAUCGACCAAAAGCGACAAGUUCAAGCUAAUCAGCCACGUGAAAGGCGGCAGCCUGCACCGCAGCCGCAAGCAGCACCGAAGGGUCAGGAGCAUCGGCGAUAUCGACAUCAUCCACGUCGAAGCCGUUUAG